CUUAAGGCUAUCAUCACUAAUCACAAUAACAGUGACAGCUUUGAAAACUUUACAUAGAUUUAAAAAAAUUGUAUACACAUUGUAAAUAAAAUACCAAAGGUCCAUUAUAUUACGAGAAGAUAAUUUUUCAUCAUAAUCGUAAUUAACAUUUCGAUGACUUUAAAGUCGAUACAGUUUCGUGCAGAAGCUUAUCAAAUAUGGCGUCGGAGUGGAAAAUCACAGAGAAAUAUUGUUUGUAUUAGUUAAUUCAGAGAAAAUCCUUAUGUUUACGUUUACAGAUAACAGUUUGAUUGUUAUUGUGCACGUAUUCAUAUCACGUGGACUUCGAAACGACUCAGAUUAUUUGACAAAUCAUACAAAGAUGUCAGUAAAUUAAAAUAUAAUAAGAACAUACAUUUCGAACACCAUGGUUCGUUUCCUGUCUGAGGAUAAAUUGAAAGGGUUCGAGAAAUACAAAUACAACUCAGUGGACACCAGUUUACUCAGCAAUUAUGUUAUGCACCCUUUUUGGAAUUGGUGCGUCCAAUUUUGUCCUGUGUGGGUAGCACCGAACUUGCUAACGUUUAUGGGCUUCCUCCUCACGGUCCUUAAUUUCUUGCUUUUCUCAUAUUAUGAUUAUGGAUUCUACGCUUUGACUGGAGAUAAUGCUACCAAAGGCAGGAUACCACCUUGGGUGUGGGCCGCGUCUGCUGUGAAUCUCUUUGUUGCAUAUACUUUAGAUGGUAUCGACGGGAAACAAGCGCGUCGCACCGGUACAAGCGGUCCUUUGGGCGAACUUUUCGACCACGGACUUGAUUCCUACUCCGCAGUCCUCAUACCGACAUGUCUUUACAGUAUAUUCGGAAGGGACGAGGUCAGCCCGCUGAGGUUCUUCUUCGUGAUAUGGAAUAUCUUCAUCAACUUCUAUUUGACGCACUGGGAGAAGUACAACACCGGCGUCAUGUUCUUGCCUUGGGGAUACGAUUUCACUAUGCUCGGUUCGUGUGUACUGCUGCUGGUGACGUCGGCGACAGGGCCGGAGGCGUGGCACGUGCCGCUGCCCGGUGGCCUCACGCCCGGCAUCGUGUUCGAGUUCGUGCUGUACUUCUCCGCAAUUAUCACCAGCCAAACGGUCAUACUCUGGAAUAUCUACAAAUCGUACCGCGACGGAACCGGCAAGAUGCGUUCGUUUACCGAAGCGAUACGUCCUCUCGUACCUCUGGUCGCGUUCUUGGCGCUGAGCACGGCCUGGGCGGUCUACUCGCCGAACAACAUCAUCGAACUCGGGCCCAGACUGUUCUACGUGCUCACCGGGACUAUAUUCUCCAAUAUCAAUUGUCGCCUAAUCGUGUCUCAGAUGAGUGACACUCGUUGUGAGGCGCUGAACGAGCUGUUGGUUCCGUACGCGGUGGUGGUGGCGGUGGCGCUGUGCCGGCCCGUGUCCGCCUCCACCGAGCUCAUGAUGCUGGCCGGGCUGUGUGUCGCCAGCUCCCUCGCACACAUAUACUAUGGCACUAAAGUGGUGCAAGAAAUGUGCGAACAUUUCAAAAUCGAAUGUUUCCAUAUCAAGCCAAAGAUAAAGUAACUAUUUUAUUCCAUUAGUUUUUAAUCUAUUGAUCUGAUCAACAUAUUAUACCUCUAUAAAAUUGUGUGGUUGUAUGUGUAUUUAAUGUUACAUAGUUAAUGUAGUGGUAGUGUCACUUGUGAUGGUAAACGUUUAGAAAUUUGAAAUUUUGUAGGUGAAUGUGCAAGUCUUAUAGAUAUUAUUACUAUUGUUAUGUGAUAUACGGACUCAUAGUUAAGUUUAUAAUAAUGAAUACCUUAAUAAUUGGAAGGGCGAGCCCAUUUUAGUCUUGUUUAUAGUAGACCAUUAUAAUUUUGGAUUGACCUGGGAAGUGUCAAGACUUAGAAAUUAACAUUAAAUUCAAAAUUACAAAUUGUAGGAUUUUUUUGUCUACUAAACAUUAUUUUUAUUAUUAAUUUUUCUGUGGGACUGAUCUUUGUGGUCAUAAAACUAGUGAAACUAGUCAUUAUCGAUUUUAUUUGCCUAAUUAUAAAAUAUAUAUAUAUAUAUAUACAUAUUGUUUAAUUUGCCAUUAAUUCUAGUAUGUAGGACUCUUGUAGCCACCAUCAGAAUUUUGUCUGUUCAUUUUUUGGUAAAUGGUGUGCUUCAGAUUAAAUUUCACUAAACUGAUUUUACUGUGCAGUGUGUGGAAUCCUCUGUAAUACGAAUCUGAAUUAAAUUAUUCAUGUAACUAAAGAUCCUCAUCUCCUACUAUUUUAGAAAAUAAUUAUCGUGAUCUUUAGUUCUAAUAUACACUGUUUUGUCCCCUGGUGUAUUAUAUUUUUUCAAUACCAAAAAUCGCUUAAGCAUUUACAAGAAAACUUAUUUGAUGUGGAAUUGAAUUAGUAGUUUUUGUUGCAUGUUACCAUUAUAUUAUAAAUAGUAAAAUUGUACUCGAAAGGAUUGUAAUGAGUUGAACUUUUUCCGGAACCAUUAAUAUUGGACAUUGGUUAAACAAUAUGUCACAUACUACAGUAAAAUUAUUGAUCACUGUGAGAAAUCAAAAACAAAAAAUGAAUUAAAAAAACUAUCUGACAUGUCAUUUUGUUAUGAUAAUAUAUUAGAUUUCAAUGUUUAUUUUGUACUAUUUUAGAUAUAGUUUAUUAUAUGCUUUUGGUAUAUGAAAUUGUGCAUGCUGAUUUAAAGAGCAAAACAGCACUCAAUAGCAUUGCAUAUAUGGACCGUUUAUUUUGAAAGUGGCGUAAGUCCAUUUUCUUUUGUUACAGGCAAAUCAUAUGAGGUCUGGCUAUGCCACCUACCGCUGUCAAUUGGGCAUACACCACUUUCAUAAUCGAUGAUUAUGCAAUUUCAUUUACCGACCGAUUUUAAGUUGUUCAAAACAUGGGAUUUUUUUAAGAAAUUAAACACGGACUAGUUACAUAGUUAUAUAUAAAAAAAAUACAUUAAAUUAAGCAUGAAUUACGUGAUUUUCUCAAAAAUGAUUAAUUUUUCUCAAAAUGAAUCAUUUUUCUCAUUUUUCUCAAAAAUGAACUUACAGCACUUUCAAAAUAAACGGUCCAUAUAUUGUUUGAAUGCUCUACUCACCACUAGUGUAAUAAGAACGUUAUUCUGUUUCUUACACACAUUAUUUCUUUACAUUGUCUUCAAAAUGGAAUCUCUUAUUAUUAUUUCAAUUUAAUGUAUAAAUUGUAUCGUUUUGAUGCGAAUUCUGAAUAUAUAAAUAAGAAAUGAUAAUGUUAAAAAAGCAUCACUUACACUAGCUACACAAUGAUGAAUUUAAAAUUAUCCAAAAUUCUAACAGGUUUUACUCAAAUGUAACAUUUAAAAGAAUAUCCAAAAAUAUUGGACUCAUCGUAACAAAAUAUGCUACACGCGAAUAUGUGGUAGCAGAUAUUGCCAGAAAUAUCAGUGGCCUAAUAAAUGUACGUGUACUUAUACAGGCAUUAUAACCAUUUGGGACAAGCAUUAUACCCAUGUUUGUAAAAAUUUACGUAAGUACUCAAUGUUCGCAAUGUAAUAAAAAUAGCCUCAAUGUAGGAUUUUCUAAUGUUUUUAUGGGUCCUGGAAAUACAAACGAUAAAAUAAGUACAGCCAGAUUCCAAAUAACUUUCACAAAGGUGAUCGACUGGGAAUCCAACCAGUGUGCUUAGUGCGAGUUUUUUUUAUAUUGCUUAGUUGGGUGGUCGAGCUCACAGCCCACCUGGUGUUAAGUGGUUACUGGAGCCCAUAGACAUCCACAACGUAAAUGCGCCACCAGCCUUGAGAUAUGUUCUAAGGUCUCACGUAUAGUUACAACGGCUGCCCCACCCUUCAAACCGAAACGCAUUACUGCUUCACGGCAGAAAUAGGCAGGGUGGUGGUACCUACACUUACUUACAAGAGGUCCUACCACCAGUAAGAACGUUCUUACGUCUUAACGUUCUCGAUAGCGUAAAAGUUAGCUCAUAUUUGUAUGGAAUGGGAUCGUUUGCGUACGUUUGCCGCUAGGGGCGCUGUUCCAACUGCAUACAAAAUUGGCUUCACUUUUACACUAUAGAGAACGUCAAGAAACUCUCACUAAGCACACAGGUAUCCCCCGUAGUGAGAAUAACUAACCAUUUGACCAAGGAGGCGGUGGAGUUAAAUUUAUAAUUACUAAUCAUGGAUAUUUUGUGAAUCUGCAUACGUCACUACUUUCUUUAACAUUGAUACUAUGAAAUAUUGAUGUGAAGGCGAUAAACGUCUUGUUCUAUUACAAAUUAAAAAUUUUUGUUGGAAGUGAAACUUGAAAGCACUAUACGUCACUAAACCAAAUAUAUUAAGUGUAAAAUUUAUGCACUAAACUGUCAAUGAUUGAAUAUGGUCUCAGUGGAUUAUCUUAUUGCCUCUAGUAGUAAUUUACUGUUUGAAGUUGCUAUCUUUUAUUUAACAGUAAAAAUAAGUGAGAAAAAAAAGGUCGCAAGCUAUCAGUUUAUUUUUUAAAUCCAAAUUUUUGUUCCUGUGCUCAUACUAGACUGAGCGGAGGCCACGCAAAAGUUAACAUUUCCAAAUGAAUGCUAAUAGCAAAUUUUCUUUUAAUUUGAAAUGGUAAAUGUUCUACUCAAAAAAAUGGUAUUUUUUUAAAUGUCAUAAUUCCAUUUAUUUUAUUUUUCGUUUUUAUUUAGUAGACUUUGUGGACUAGUGGACUUUGAUUAUAUAGGUAUAUAAUCAAAGCUAGUGAACUUUAUUAUUUUGGGGGUUAAAUUAUGUUAUGGUGACUACAUAAAGAUUGUGUAGAUGUUAUUAAAUUACGAUCUUUCAAGUGGCAGAAUGUUGUUUACUUUGCAAUAAAGAUUAUUUAUUUACAA